AUGUGUGUCCCCCAACCCGGACUACUUUUCAUAUCCAAAUAUUUUCCUUUCUUUUCACCCCCCUUUUCAGGUGCGUAUUGCACUACAGUGUGGGCACCGCCGCCCGUAUCCUCCAUAACACCAUAUUCCGCCGAGAAUUCCUUAAGUCCCGAAGUGCAUGUCAAUACUCCAACAGUAUCAACCGCACAAAGUCCGCAUGAAGCACAAGUUGAAGAAUCGGAAACAUCCGCCGCUAGCGAGCGAGAAGAUAUUACACCAUCCACUACCAUGCAGGAUGUUUCCGCGACUCCACAACAGCGUGACGAAAAGGACAGCGGUCACAGUCAGACAACGGACGAACAACAUGAUACCGACUCAUCACGUACGGAAAACGCCCCGGGAACCGCCAUUUUGGGGUCACCCACUGAUAAAGAGUCGACCCAAAGCAUUUUGCAGGACGGAAACAACGUGAAAGGAAAUAUUGUGUCUCCGGGAGUUGAAGGAACAUCGCACACUCCUUUGCCAACAUCGCGCUUGACCCGAUCGCGGACACGCCUUGCCCAACAAGCACAGGUAGCCCUCGACCCACCAGCAUCACAACCCACACCAACCGGCCCAAAGCCAAGUGGGGAGGGCAAGGAACAUGUCUUGCAUAAGGUGAUUGCCGAUGGCCACACCGAGGAUGGUGAGCUCUUCCUUAAGGUACGGUGGUAUGGAUACAAUGCGGAAGGCGACACGUGGGAGCCCAUUCAGCACCUGCCUCGAUCGCAUGUACUUCCAUAUGACAAUCGGCUGAAUUUGCACCCACCUGAUACCAUCGGAAACCCACAAGUAGGAUAA